GCCGGUUUAAAGAACAUCUGAUUUGAUUUCCUCUCGGAACAUCCUUGAAUUUUGUGCGAUUUCGAGGGAUAUUAUGCAAGAUGACAGGAGGGUGAUAUGAAUGUUAAAGUCACGGGUUGAAGGAUGGCGUCAGGGUGGCUGUGGCAGCACGGAUCAGUUAGAGAUGCUUUAUUCUUAAACAGCAUCAUCUGGCUCUUCUUCAUCAUCAACACCAGCAGCAGCACCGGGACACAAGCGCACACCUGUAACCAUAAAGUGCCCCUUCAUACAGAGGUUAUACACAAAGUGUUUCUUAAGCCAAAUAGAUUGACCAAAAGAAGCACAGAGCAGCAGUUAAAGAUCCAGAUAGAGUACGACUCCAGCUUGGACGGGUUAGAUGAAGACAAAAGCAGUCUUGUGAAGGACAAGCUCCUCCCACAUGCCAUUGAUUAUCUUCAGAAGGCGUUUAGGGUUCGUAGGCAGUCUGGUCCAAUAUUACUGAGCAGACAAUGUUCAACAAAUCAGUACCUAAGGAAAAAAGAUGAUCCCCAUCGCUACUGUCAGGGACCAUGUGCAGAGAUCACAAAGUGUGGUCCGGUUAUUGUGCCUGAGCGUCAUUUACAGCAAUGCAGGGUGUGUAGUGAGUCAGGGAAGUCCUGUGGCCCUGCUGGUCCUUCUGAUGGUGAAGGGGUGGAGAGGGCCGAUUUUGUGCUUUACGUAAGUGCGAUGACCACAGAAAGGUGCGGGCAAGAGAAUAUUGUAGCAUAUGCAGCGUACUGCCAACUCGAGUCUGAACUAGACAGGCCAAUUGCUGGAUACGCCAAUUUGUGUCCCAAUAUGAUCUCUACUCAAGCUCAGGAGUUUGAAGGGAUGCUGUCCACGGUCAAGCAUGAGAUCAUUCAUGCCCUGGGUUUUUCUGCUGGUCUCUUUGCCUUUUACCACGAUGACGAUGGGAAACCUUUGACGCCACGUUCUGCGAGCGGUCUUCCUGCAUACAAUGAAAGUUUAGGGUUAUAUCAGUGGAGUGAUAAAGUCAUCAAAAGAGCGACCCGGCUAUGGGACAUCCGAGGCGGCCGCAUGGUCCGACACAACGUCCAUCUUCUCGUCACUCCACGUGUAGUGGAGGAGGCCAGGAAACAUUUUAAUUGCCCCAUUCUGGAGGGCAUGGAACUGGAGAACCAGGGAGGUGCUGGCACUGAGUUCAACCAUUGGGAAAAGCGUCUCUUAGAGAAUGAAGCUAUGACUGGAUCUCACACACAAAACCGAGUGUUUUCCAGAAUAACUUUGGCUAUAAUGGAGGAUACAGGGUGGUACAGAGCCAAUUACAGCAUGGCAGAGAAUCUGGAAUGGGGAAGAGGGUUGGGCUGCGACUUUGUGAUGAAAAGCUGCAAAUUUUGGAUAGACCAACAUCGCAAUACGAGGCCGACGCUGAGCCCUUACUGUGACUCUGUGAGGUCGGCACCUUUGCAGCUCACCUGCAGGCAGGACCAGCUGGCAGUGGCCGUCUGCAACCUGCAGAACUUUUCGCGUGCUCUCCCUCCAGAAUACCAGUACUUUGACCAUAUCGCUGGUGUUCCUGAGGAGGAUUUAUCGGCAUAUGGAGGCGCGGUGGAGAUCGCAGACUACUGUCCCUUUAGCCAGGAGUUCAGCUGGCAUGUAGGCGGAGAGUACCAGCGCAGUUCUUACUGCAGAAUACAAGAGAACCAACCAGCUGUUUGGAGGAACUAUGGGGCAGAGCAGUAUGGGCCAGGGUCAGUGUGUCUAUACCAGAAGUCAGCAUUUGUGAUGGAGCAGUGCGCUAAACGGAUGACCUACCCAGACUGGGGCAGUGGUUGCUAUAAGGUAUCUUGUACAACAAAGGGUCUGUCUGUUUGGGUGCAGAAUGAGUCCUAUUCAUGUGCCCGUGCUGGUCAGGCGAUCAGUGUGAGCGUGUGGAUGAACGGGUGGGUUUACAACGGGCAACUCAUCUGCCCCGUCUGCGCUGACUUCUGCAGCGACUGCCCCCUCCCUCACGAAAUCCACUCCAUGAACACCACCAAGAGUGUUCGCUUAGAUCCCUGUUCCAGUUCUUCCUCCCUGAUGGUGAAUUUACGGAGGCUUGUGUUUAUUCUCACUCCACUGCUGGCUGGCAUCCUCCUCUGUGUCAGGGACUGAAAUCUUGAUUGUGACAGGUGGAUACAGGCACCAUGCUACCGUUGACUUCCUUUGAGGUUUAGCUGUUGUGUACGGCAAACUGAUGAUCACGAGUUGAUCUGAGUACUCUUCUCUUUGUGGAGUUGUAUACUGUAGGGAUUGAAAAGCCAUGGAUUGCUCACCUCAGCUUGGUUGUCACAUGUCAGCGAACUGUAGAUCCAAUGAGAAGCCAUAGUCACGCAAGCUGCAGUUUGGCAGCACUGUUAUGCAGGUGCUAAUUAAUGUUCUCCUUGUCUGUUUGAUGGACCUGUAGCAUUUUGGGCCAUAAAAUAGCCGUCCGGCUGAGAAUCAUGAGUGUUUUACCAUGCUUCUCUUUUGACCUAUGAAAUUAUUUGUUGUUGACAUUUUGGUGAGCUCCGAUCAGGUUAUGUUACUGGUGUUUUUGAAUUUGCAUGGAGAAGUCCGUGUGAGAAAAUAACUAGAAAUUGAACGUGGCUUAGUGUCGAAGUCGUUUUAAAGGUCAUUGUUUAUAUACAAUGGGUUCUGUAUGUCUGUGACUUACAGUUUGAUGGUUUGAAAAAAAUUACGACACAGAGAAAUAUAUGAUCUUCUGAAUCUGCACUAUUUCAAGUGUCUAUCUGCAAUCAGAUAAAAGGCAUUUGUGAUUUUCUUUUGGAUGUUAACCUUUGUACAAAAUAUCAGAAUUCCUAUUGUUAGAGAGUACAUGAAAAUUACAUUCAUGCAGUGUGUAAUGUUGCUGUGUUUGAAAGUAAGCAGUCUGGCAAGUUGUAAAUCCGAAGGGGAAUGAAUAACAAAGUUAUUGGCUUGGAAAAAAGAGAGUCGACUCUGAAUCACGCAAAUGAGUCGUCCCUAGCCUGAUUCGCGACCCGUUUUAUGUCACUACAUAUAGUCCCCUCCUACGUUUUGCUAGGACUGCCCGCGAAAACUUCACUCUUCUCCCCCAAACACUGUAGCUCGUGAGCCUCUUUGGCAGAAGACCAAUCCCAGCAGACUAGACCAUCUGAGCAAUCACAUCAGACUAGGCUAGCGGAAAGGAGGGGAUUAGACAGAUGAAUCAUGGAACAAAUCAUUUGAGAGUUAGUCUAGAAGUAAAGUAAGAAUAACUGCUUAUUAUUACGAAAUUUAAACCAAAUCGGGACCUUAAAAAUCCCUAGUUAUGAACUCUUUAAAUCAUGUAGGGAUCCCAUAGAACAACAGUUUUAUGAAUUUAUGUAAUUUAUGCCAACUUGAAUAUAUGCUGUCAUUAACGCAAAAAGAGGAUAUGCCAAAUACUAAAAAUAGUUUUAAAUUUGUGCGAAAAUUGUAAUUUAACUCCUCAAUCCAAGUGUUAUGGUGAUAAAUAUCACUCCUGUACUUCUGAAACCUUGUAUUUCCAUAUUUCACGAUUUUCAUUUUUUUGCAUAAAUCAUUAUUGUUAAUAGUCCUUUAUGUUUGUCACUGGAGUUUGCAAAAAUCUAACCAAUAAAAACUAUUAAUAAUUACAAAUCAUUAAAUACUUAAAACGUACAGUGUUUUUUCCGUUUCCUGAAAACAGAGAAUUUGGUAAAGGGUUUCAGAAGGACAGCGACGAUGUGUAUAAGAAAAUCAAUCAAGUUGUCUCAGACAUUUGGAGCCCUUUGUAUAUGUGCGUUUUUGUUUUUUUGUCACAAUUAAUAAUUGGACAAAAUUCAGCCUUGUUUAAGACUGAUUCUCCGUUUACCUUGAAAUGUGUUGCCAGAUCUGUGUCAUGAAGGGCUGUGCGUACAAGGGCUGCAGAUUGUAGAUAUUGUCUUCUUACAAUCAACUCACUUAAAGCCCUAGAGAAAGUGCAUUUCAAGUCCUUUUGUAUGAGAUAAGCUGUUGAUUUAUUUACCAUUCAACGUGUUUGAUUCGAUUACAAGGUGCCAUUUAGUUUCGCUUUUGACUUUUGUUUUAUAACUGAAUUGCAAUUCGAUUCCAUAGACUGUUCAACACUGUUAACUAUUUUUAUUUUUUUAUAAUUUGGGAAUGACACUGGUUCAGUUAUUCAUAAUUGUAAAAGCACACACUAGCUCUAGGUCUUACAAUUCUAUGGUCAAAAUGUUUUGGCUGAGUCACAAUACGUAUGUGUGAAGCAGGUAUUGAUUGUUUUGCUUCAGCAACAUCAGGAACAAAAAUAUACAAAACACUUUAGAUAAACGUUAUUUAUGGAUGGAUGGAUCUAAAGACAAUAAUUUGGGAACAAACUAAGGUGCUGCAGUGCCCAUGUGAUCAUUUAGAUCUAUUUAGAUGACAAGUUUGGUGCUGUUUAGGGGUUAGUGGACUACUAAAGUUUUCUGUAAUGUAAUCUAAUCUAGAAUGUUACUAAAUUCACAAAUUUAUAGUUUAAAGAUUAGAUCCUUGACUAUUCGUAACAUUUGUAACAUUUUUGUUAGGGUAGAUAAUGUUUUCAUUUCAGACAAAAAUACUUAUUUAAUUGCAGGUUACCUGUUAUCUGCUGGGAGCUUGCAAGAAACAUGGCAGCUUUACUUACAACUAACACUUCAUUUUAAAGCCUUUUCAAGAUUACUGUAUGUUUUCUGUUGAAUAUUCUGAUAUAUUCUUUGAAGUAAAUAUGUAGUAUUUGUAUAGUGAUUGAUAAAUGUAAAUGAAUGAUAGUUAGGACAUCACAAGAUCCGUUUGCAAGAUUCUUUUCCCCAUCAUAAAACAUGGUGUGAUUAUAGUAUGAUCUAUAUACUGUAUGUAUUGUUUUGUGUUAUGUCAAUGUCAAGAAAUUAUGGACUGAAUGAGCCUUAUCAAUGCAGGUUUUAUAUAAUUAAACUGAAGAUGUUUUGUACUCUCAAUCAAACUUCAAAUGAAAUGCCUUUCUCUUGAUGAUAUUCACACAAAGAAAGAUAAUUAGUUUGAACCGUGUCUAUCAAUAGUUUUCAAUAUUUUUGGAGUAAGAAGUUCAACUGGUAUUGUCUUAUUCACAAGCAAAUUAUGAUUAAUAUUUUUUUGCAUUUAUUUGUCAAAUCGUUUUAAAUGUCUUCUAUAAUUACCCAAUUUUGUUUAGCGUUUUUAGGAUUAUUGCUACUAAUAAUUAUAUAUAAUUAUUCAUCAAUAGUUCGUCAAAACAAAUAUGUAUUGUGUUUAAUAAUUUAAUUAUAUAUUAUUUAAAUGCUCCUGCUAUAUUUUUUCCAAAUGUUUGACUCUUGAAGCAGAACAUGUUUGUCUUUGUAAAUUAUAUAAACUGUGUCUUCAUAUUUAUCCGUGUACAUUGUUUUGAAUGCAUUCAAAACAUGUGGUUGUUUUUAAAUCUUUUUCACUGUAAAAUGUGAUCAAUUAAAUACAUUAUUUAUAAGAGUUUUUAAGUAGCCCAAAUGUGAUUGUAGAGGUUGUGUCAUUAUUCUAGUGUAUUGCAAAUUGCAUUGUCCAACUAAAAAAAGGUUAUAAAAGAGCAUAAAGACAUGGAAGAUGUUAAAAAAAACCAAGCCAUGAGACCGAUGCAAGACCAAAGACAAGUCUAUGCAUACUUUUAGGAACAUACCACAUGAUUUCCCAUUAUUUGUUUUUCUUGAUGUUUUGUACUUCAUACGACAGUAGCUCUUUUUUCAAUUUUACAUUAUCAAAAGAGGUGUUAACAAUCACAGGCACCUCUUCUGAAUCAUAAACUGAUCUGUUUAACAAUUGUUUGAUUUUCCCAAUAAAAUGAAUUGUUUAUGAA